AUGAAUUUUGAAUUUGAGAGGGAGAUUGGGUUUAUAAACAGCCAGCCAUCGCUCGCCGAGUGUCUGACUUCCUUCCCCGCUGUCUUGGAGACAUUUCAAACUUCAUCAAUCAAGGAGUCGACAAUAAUUCCUCCUCCUCCUCCUUUCGAGCAAACCUUCCCCAGCCUCCAGCCCGGCGCCUCCACCCUUCAGAGACCCGGGAGCCAAAAGCGAGCCGAAGAUGGGCCCGCUCUGCCGCCGCCGCCGCUCCCCGCCGCCCCCUUGGCCCCCGAGUUCCCCUGGAUGAAAGAGAAGAAAUCCGCCAAGAAACCCAGCCAAUCUGCCACGUCUCCUACGGCCGCCUCCUCUGUCCCGGCCUCCGGGGUCGGCUCGCCUAAAGAUGGCCUGGGGCUGGCGGAGGCGGCCGGCGGCGGGGCGCGCAGGCUGCGCACGGCUUACACCAACACGCAGCUGCUGGAGCUAGAAAAGGAAUUCCACUUUAACAAGUACCUGUGCCGGCCGCGCCGCGUGGAGAUCGCGGCCUUGCUGGACCUCACCGAGAGGCAGGUCAAAGUCUGGUUCCAGAACCGGCGCAUGAAGCACAAGCGGCAGACACAGCACCGAGAGCCGCCCGACGGGGAGCCAGCCUGUCCCGGCGCCCUAGAGGACACCGGCGAGCCCGCCCCGGAGCCCGUGGCCAGCUCCGGCCGUCCCUCUGCCUCGCGGGCGCUGCGGGAAGCCUGCUCUCAACCGCCCGAGGUCGCGCCAGGCCCCCUGGGCGCUCCGGACGCCCCGUCUUUGGCCUCUCGCCGAGAGGGCGCGGGGACGCCAAGUACCGGCUGCGCCCUGCGCGGGGCUGGCGGGCUGGGGCCAGAGCUGUUGCCCGAAGAUGCGUUCCCUAAGCGACAGGAUUCGCCUUUUCUGCCUGACCUCAACUUCUUCGCGGCCGACUCCUGUCUCCAGCUGUCUGGAGCCUUCUCUCCCAGCCUGCAGAGCUCUCUCGACAGCCCCGUUCCCUUUUCUGAGGAAGAGCUAGACUUCUUUACCAGCACGCUCUGUGCCAUCGACUUGCAGUUCCCCUAA